AUGACACUGAAAAUUACCAAUAUUAAUACAAGUUCCGCUAGUUAUAAGCGCGAAAUUAAGGAGUAUAUUUCCACAGUAGACCUAUCAUAUCGCGGUCGCUCACGGCACUUUAAGGAUAGAAAGAUACCACUACCCCUUACUAAAAUAUAUAUCUAUGCUCUUCUUACGGAGCUUGAUUAUCUGAAUAAAACAUACAGGAUAAUUUAUACGGAUCUCAAGCUUGAGAACAUCAUGGUCUCCCUCGGGGAUCCAGCCGUGCUUGCUGAUUUCAUGGAUUCUCAGCUCGAAAACCGAUGA